GUGGGUGGCAGGGCUAGAAACCGCAGCUGAGGCAGCAAUCAAUGCAGCUGCCGUCACCCGGCCGUAGUGCAUCACUCUGAGCCCACCCGCCGUGGGUGCCUCCUUAAUUCCCGAGGAGCUCUGGGAGCCCUGAGGGGCGAAGCGACCGGGACGCCUCUCUUAAGAGGCGACGUCGCAGCCCCGGAUGCGGCCAGAGGGCGCGGGAAUGGAGCUUGGCCGCUGCGAGGAGGGCUUGCCGGAGGAGAGCAGGAGGGAGCAUUGGCAGUUGCUGGGUAAUUUGAAGACUACUGUGGAGGGUUUAGUGUCAGCCAACAGCCCCAAUGUCUGGUCCAAGUAUGGUGGCCUGGAGCGGCUUUGCAGAGACAUGCAGAGCAUCCUCUAUCAUGGGCUCAUCCAUGACCAGGUGUGUUGCCGCCAGACUGAUUACUGGCAGUUUGUGAAAGACAUUCGCUGGCUCAGUCCCCACUCAGCCCUUCAUGUGGAGAAGUUUAUCAGCUUGCACGAGAACGGCCAGAGCAGCACGGAUGGCGUGAGUGAGCGUGCCGUGGCUGAGCUGUGGCUGCAGCACAGCCUGCAGUGCCACUGCCUCUCAGCCCAGCUCCGACCUCUGCUGGGAGACAGACAGUACAUCAGAAAAUUCUACACAGAUACUGCUUUCCUGCUAAGCGACGCCCAUGUCACGGCCAUGCUUCAGUGCCUGGAAGCAGUGGAACAGAACAACCCUCGCCUGCUGGCUCAGAUUGAUGCUUCUAUGUUUGCCAGAAAGCAUGAGAGUCCACUCCUGGUGACAAAGAGCCAGAGCCUGACAGCUCUGCCUGGUUCCGCAUACACCCCUUCAAACAACAAUGCUCAGCAUUCCUACUUUGGGUCCUUCUCCAGUCUCCACCACCUCCCCCACCACAGCUUAGAAAGAAGAUCUACUUCCUUUUCACUCUCUGGCCCACCCCGAAAACCUCAAGAAACCAGAGGGCAUGUCUCAGCAGCAGAGGAUCAAACUGUCCUAGACCCUCUGCUUCCAAUCACUGCACUAGCCAAGGACUCUCCCGCGACCCCCAAUGAGAUGAGCUCCAGCACUCUGACCAGCCCCUUGGAAGCAUCCUGGGUCAGCAGCCAGAAUGACUCCCCAAGUGAUGCCAGCGAGGGGCCUGAGUACCUGGCCAUCGGCAACCAGGACCCCCGGGGCCGGACCGCCAGCUGUCAGAGUCACAGCAGCAAUACCGACAGCAGCAGCUCCAAUUUGUUCUCCUCCAGCAGCUCCCAGAAGCCAGAGUCUGCUGCUGCUUCCCUAGGGGACCAGGAGGGAGGUGGGCAGAGCCAGUUGUCCAGUAUCCUUCGCAGGUCUAGCUUCUCAGAGGGGCAAACGCUCACUGUCACCGGAGGAACAAAGAAGAGCCAUACUCGCUCCCAUUCGGACACCAACAUUGCCUCCAGAGGAGCCCCAGAAUCCUGCAGUGAUAAGUCGAAGUUGAGAGGCCCCUUGUCCUACUCUGGUCAAAGCAGUGAAGUCAGCACACGCAGCUCUCUGUACAUGGAGUAUGAGGGCAGUCAGUACCUGUGUUCAGGAGAAGGCAUGUUCCGAAGACCAUCAGAAGGACAGUCACUUAUCAGCUACCUAUCUGAGCAAGACUUCGGCAGCUGUGCAGACCUGGAAAAGGAGAAUGCCCACUUUAGCAUAUCGGAGUCUUUGAUCGCUGCCAUCGAGCUGAUGAAGUGCAACAUGAUGAGCCAGUGCCUAGAAGAGGAGGAAGGGGAGGAGGACAGUGACAGGGAGAUCCAGGAACUGAAGCAGAAGAUCCGUCUUCGUCGCCAGCAGAUCCGCACCAAGAACCUGCUCCCCGGGUACCAGGAGAUGGAGCAUGGAAGCUUUCGGCUCACUUCCAGCAGCUCCCAGUUCAGUUCACGUGAUUCAGCACAGUUCUCUGACUCUGGCUCUGCUGAUGAUGAGGUUGAUGAAUUUGAAAUCCAAGAUGGUAGUGAAGGAUCUAACCUGACUCAAAUGUCAAAGAAUGGACUCUCAGUGUCAGUGGCCUCGCUGUUUUCAGAUGCUGACAUCAGAAGGAGCACGCCCUCCCACAGCAAAUCCUUCAUUUCCUCUCAGUCCUUCUCCCACUGCCUCCUGCACUCCACGUCUGCUGAGGCCGUGGCCAUGGGGCUCCUGAAGCAGUUUGAGGGGAUGCAGCUCCCCGCCGCCUCGGAGCUGGAGUGGCUUGUUCCAGAGCACGAUGCCCCUCAGAAGCUCCUGCCCAUCCCUGACUCACUGCCCAUCUCCCCAGAUGACGGGCAGCACGCUGACAUCUACAAGCUGCGUAUCCGCGUGCGCGGCAACCUGGAGUGGGCGCCACCCCGGCCACAGAUAAUUUUUAAUGUUCAUCCAGCCCCAACGAGGAAAAUCGCCGUGGCCAAGCAGAAUUACCGCUGCGCAGGCUGCGGCAUCCGGACUGAUCCUGAUUACAUCAAGCGGCUGCGGUACUGUGAGUACUUGGGCAAGUACUUCUGUCAGUGCUGCCACGAGAAUGCCCAGAUGGUUAUCCCCAGCCGCAUUCUGCGCAAGUGGGAUUUCAGCAAGUACUACGUCAGCAAUUUCUCCAAGGACCUGCUCAUUAAGAUCUGGAACGACCCUCUCUUCAAUGUGCAGGACAUCAACAGUGCCCUCUAUAGGAAGGUCAAGCUGCUCAAUCACGUCCGGUUGCUGCGGAUCCAGCUCUAUCACAUGAAGAACAUGUUCAAGACCUGCCGACUGGCCAAAGACCUUCUGGAUGCCUUUGACACCGUUCCAGGCCACCUGACGGAGGAUCUCCACCUGUACUCAUUGAAUGACCUGACUGCCACCAGGAAGGGGGAGCUGGGGCCCCGGCUUGCUGAGCUCACCAGGGCAGGGGCUGCCCAUGUAGAGCGAUGUGUGCUCUGCCAAGCCAAGGGCUUCAUCUGUGAGUUCUGCCAGAAUGAGGAUGACAUCAUCUUCCCCUUUGAGCUCCACAAGUGCCGGAUCUGUGAAGAGUGUAAAGCGUGCUACCAUAAAACUUGCUUCAAGUCUGGGAGCUGUCCCCGCUGUGAGCGGCUGCAGGCCCGGAGGGAGCUGCUGGCCAAGCAGAGCCUGGAGUCCUACAUGUCAGACUACGAGGAGGAACCCACCGAGGCCUUGGCCCUGGAGGCCACCGACCUGGAGACCACCUGAGAAAGCACCGAACGCGCUCUUUCUAGGGGCGAGGGUCACAUAGUGCGGAACUGAGCCACCCUCCUAAGGACGUUCCCCACUUGGUUUUAUUUUUUUUUUAACUAUUAUCAUCAUUAUUAAUUUUUAUGACCUGUCUAGUGUCCAUAUAUUCAACCUUACAUAGGUUGGUGGGGUCCAGUCUGUUGUGAGAAUUUGCAGGUACCAAGCAUUUCCAUCAGAACUGACACUUGGGUCCCUAAGUGAAGCUUCCAGUGCCUCUGUUAGGGGAGUGGACAGUGAGACCCAGUUCUUCCGAUACCCAUGGCCUUCUCCACUUGGACCAGCUGGUUUCAGCUGCAUCUCAAGAAUCAUUUCCAGUUUUAUUUUGUUUUAAUUUUGGAGCUUCUGAGCCAGGCCUUUCUCAGCGAACUCACUUCUCCUUUGCUGCUGAAACAGGAGGGUGGAGUUUUCUCUCUCCCAGUCCUGGAAAAGGGUCAGACCCUGAGGAGAAGCAUCAGAGAAUGGGACUGCGUCGUGGGCAUUCUUAUGUAGGUGCUUCUUAGGCCAUAAAAACAGUGUUACUGCUACCUUGAACUCUUCAGACACCUCAAAGAGGCAGUCAUAACUUUCUUAUAGGCAUAGAUGAUAUCACAGGCUGACUUUCUUUAUCUACCCUGGGGGACUUGACACCAAGACCAGAAUUGAUGCUUAGACCAGGACUAUUUCAAGCAUAAGUGAGGCCACAACUCUUGUUUAAGGAGCAUUUGUUCAGUCAGAGGAGCUGUUGGCUUCCUCUUGGGUGAUAAGGUCCCUUUUAGCCAACAUAGCUCUGGUGCAGGUUUGACCUUUCAAGCUCAGACAAGUCCCUGGUGCCAUCUUAAAUUGAGGACAGAAGCCCCAUCCAGCAUCUCAUCCGUGGGUCUCUUGCCACUGUGUCCUCUGUUAGGAGGUCACUGCAGUUCUGAGCAGAAGCCUGGCCCAACUCCGUGCUCUUCCUUCCCUCUUGCAGUGGGGCUGGGACCCUCCCCAGUGUCUGAGCUCCUGGCUUAGUUUCUUAUGUCAAAGUUGAGGUGAAAGCUUCCUGCUAUUAGUGGUGUUAAAAGACUUGAUAGUUUGUGGCUGUGAACAUGAAUGUUCCUCUGUUCUUAAGAUAACAAGAACCUUUAUGCCAAUUAUGCACUUAACUCUUUAGCCUGGUGAUGGUAGUAUAUGCAGUCAUCCUUAUUACUAAUUUUAACACACAACCACACCCUUUUUUAAUGUGUGUUUUGAUGGGAAAAGUUUUUGAAGGGACCGUAUAUAUGUUUGUGGUAUUCUUUAAGUUGCUGUAGCUCCUGACCUGUAUGUAAGGCACUGGUCAGGGUCACAGCUCCAAGGGUCGGCAGCUCUGUGAACUAAAGCCCACAGCAUUUUAGUUCUGGGACUCUCUUCUUCCUGGGCACCUGUCUUUCCAUAGUUGGUUGCUAGUAGGAAAAAAACCUGCUGUGGGCACUGCCCCAGGAAGCUGAACAGAAAGUUGCACAUGGUUGGUGGAAGCUGCUGAGUGUCUGAGUCGGAGGCAACCAGGAAUGUCACUGGAAGUAGUGGGGGCAGUAAAGUAAGAGAGCUGGGGCUCCACCAGGACAGGAGGGAGCGGGAAGAAGCUGAUGUCUGGCGUUCGUCCCUCUGCCUUGGACUUGGGAUCUGAAGGCCACGUCAGGCUGGAAGACCCCGAGGCUGUUCUCCCUUCAGUUCAUGGCAGGGGCAAAGGGGCUGUGAAAGCCAAGGCCUCCAGCCCAGCCCAGUGUUGAAGGGCAGACUAGAAAUUCCCUGGUCCAUCAAGGAGCUUUGGAGUGACCUUGUGAAACUCUAGUCUCACUGAGAAUUAGGCCUCAGAUUCAGACUAAGGUGUUUGUGAAAAUGGUGACCUCUACUUCCAGUUCUGAUUUAAAUCGAAAAUCCAGCUCCUUACUCCAAGUCACUACACUGGAGGAGAGAUGUCCUCUCGUUACUGUCGUGUGUGUUUCAUGUAGCACAGGAUGAAAGGAUGGAAGACGCUGACACUUUCUAAAGCUGAGCUCAGCAAUCUUACAUGCUCCUGGGUUUUCACUUAUUUUUUUUUUCUCCAGCUCCCCAACCCCAUCCCUCUAAGUUGCACAUCUGUUUUAGUGACCCUGACGUUGCUCUCCUCACUGUCCAGAUACCCAUUUAUUUAUUUAUUUGAGAGUAGGGGGAGAGAGGAAAGAGGAUGGGGUGUUUUGAAAGCACUUUGCAACUUAUCAGUAUCUGAAAAUCCCCGCUGUUGUGGGGAGAAGCUUUGAAUGCACUGCAGAGAGUUCCUUCUGAGAGAAAUAGGAGGGAAGACUUGUUCUUUUCUAUAAAUAAAGGGAAAAAAAACUUUGCUUGCAAGGUGGAGACAAGAUUCAAGGCAUAGCAGAAGAGUGGAAGGCAGAUAUUUUCCACUUAAAUGAGGCUGUUAUUAAUUCUCUCUACCAAGGCUUUAGUGCUUUUGUUGAAUUCACGUAAAAGGAGCAAGAGUCUAAAUAGAGAUGUGCUCGUGUGUGUACAACUCGUGUUCCAAACUGAGUUUCUCCUUGCUGUAAUUCAUACACAGCCUAACAUUUCAUUGUCAUCUUUAAUAAACUAAGGAAAUGAAA